AUGUCAGACCCUAACUUCCCUCCGAACCUUGACAUCAAGCCCCUCCUCCUGAGCAGUGUUGCGGAUCAACAACUAGAGCAGCAUCAGCAGAAAGAUGCUAUCUCAACUUACGGGAUCGCAGGUCGUGUCUGGGAGGCUACUAGACCUCUACUCGAGUACUUCACUCCUUCAUCGAAGUUCGAACCGCCUUGUUCUCUCUUCGAAACUCAGCGCCCUCAUCGCAUAAUCGAGCUCGGUUCCGGUCAAUCGGUCGCUUCUCUUCACUUGGCUGGCCAUUUGCAGAAAGAAGACUUGGUGAUUACGACUGAUCUGCCAGAAGUGGUUCCAUUAUGUGAACAGUCCAUACGUGCAUGGAAUCCUCCUUCCGACACACACGCCAAGGUCAUCGCUCAGCCGCUCGCAUGGGGACAAGAUCCUUCACAUCUAUUUCAGUUUGGACCAUUCACCCAUAUUAUCAUGUGCGAUCUGGUGAGUUACAAAGACAUGGACACGCUCUGA